AUGUCUACCGAGAUAAGGCGCUCUUCUCGAAAGACCAAGGGAGUGAAUUCCAGACUUGAGGAUCUUGACAAGAUAGGCGAGCCUACUCCACGUCCAAAGAAACGGACAGCAAGCUCGAAAGCCAAUGGGCAGAAAAAGAAGCAGCUCAAGAAGGCAGUGAAAGUGCCCGAAAAAGAGGAGGUGCGCUGUCUGCCGUGCGGGUCCCACGAUCUGAAUUACAACGAGGACGAGGACGAACGCGGCGUGAUGAUCCAAUGCGACAAGUGCGAGACGUGGCAGCACGCAAAGUGCAUGCUUGGAACAGACAACGAGGACAGUAUACCGGAUGAUUACGUUUGCAACCUCUGCGACCCGGGAAACCCCAAAUACCAGGACUUGGAGCUUGCAUUGAGCCCUGAUGAUUACUAUAAAGAGCGAUUCCCCGACAGAAUAGACGAAAUUGACGACCAGGAGGAGGAAGAUUUCGAAGACGCGGGUGCUGUUUACGGUGAGAGCGACGAGGAGUACGACGGGAACGGCGAGAAAGAGGAGGAGGACGGAGACGAGGAAGAAGAAGAAGAAGGCGACGAUGCAGACGAUCCCGAGGAGCCAGGAGAGCUCGAGGAGCCGGAAGAGAAGGUCAAGAAGCCCGUGCGGAGACCACAGAAGGUGGUUCGCAAAAAGGUGGACAGAAAUAAAACGAGACAGUCUGUGGUGAGCCAAUUUGCAAAGAAACUACAAGGCCACAUUCCGGAAGACCACAAAUUGCUUGAACAAAUGGAUGUGAGCAGUGCGGCAGAGGAGAUUGCCAGCGGGCUGGAGAACGCGCUAUUUGAAGCGUUUCCGCCUCCAAACAAGCGUUCCGAAUCCAUGUCGCCGGGGUACCUCAACAAGUCCAGAACGUUGCUUUUCAAUCUCGAUAAAUCUAACCUGAGUGACAAGGUGUUGUCUGGACAGUACACUUACGAGCAGAUUGUGCAUCUGACGCCUGAAGAGAUGAUGCGAGACGAUUACAAGGAGUUUGCCGAUGCGGUGAGAAAGCAGAGUAUCAACCAGUCGGUGAUCACAAACACUUUGGAGAAAGUGAAGAUCAAGCGGACGCAUAAGGGAGAAGAGAUUGUCGAGGAAGAUUACCAGUUUGACGACAUUGACUCGAGAACGGCGGACGAAUCUCGUCUGAACGAAAUUGAAAAAUUACAAGAGGAGAAAAGACUACAAGAUGAAGAGAACGAGGCGAGUGCCUCGCCUCCUCCUACGGCCAAUCUGAAUGCCAACAUCAUGACCACAAUUGCUAACGACUUUGACGAUGAAGAGCAGGAACAAGACCAGACUGGAGAGGGGCCUGAGGAGACUUUUGACAACGAUGACGAUUUCGACAAGAUUCUGAAUGGCACAAAAGAUGUGGUUCCUACGCCGCCAGAAUCCCAAGCCGUUGUCAACGACGACGAAGAGGACUACGAUCCGGCACGCAACUUUGAUGUGGACGAGACAUUGUGGAACGGUAUCCUGAGCUUUGCUCCUGUCGCCGACGUGCAGACGACCAUCAGAUUUCACGCCGCUUCGACAUAUGAUAGCACCGAGGACAAAGUUGCCAAGGCGCGCAAAAUUGUGGGCGACUUUGUCGCUCGCCAUAACCGGCUUGACAUCGAGGGACGACUGGACGCUCAGAAAGCGGUUGGCUACCUCUGGGAAAUUAUAAAUACUAGAGACUUGUAUUUAGUGGAACUAGUUCCAUUUGCAUCUCCACACCUCUCGGAAUUCGAGAACCAGCAGACACAGACACAGUUCAGAAAACUAUGGGAGUACUUCAACUCGCGCAACAAAUACGGAGUCAUUGCCUACAAGCCCGCAUACAUCAAGGACAGCUAUCUUGUUGCAUUGGACACUACAAGAACAGAGCAGGAGGGAUUGCCAAGAUACUUCAGCCACUUUAACAUGACCAGCCUCCACGGCGCCCGCGAGCGUCUGUUUGCCGUGUUUGUGGCAAAAAAAGACCUCUCGGCAGCACCCUCAGGCGCGGCCACAGCCAACCUGGACCAAAUCCUGAGCGGAUUGGCAGCCUGA